CAAACCGAGCAAUAUCCAGAAAUCACAACAACAACAACAAAAAGAAAAAGAAGAUAUAUUAUCCAACUGAUCUUAAGAAACUGAUAGAAGAGAUGGUGAGAGCUCCAUGCUGCGAGAAGAUGGGGUUGAACAAAGGUCCUUGGACCUCUGAAGAAGAUCAGAUUCUGGUCAGUUACAUUCAACAAUAUGGCCAUGGCAAUUGGCGAGCACUCCCCAAACAAGCUGGUCUACUGAGGUGUGGAAAGAGCUGCAGGCUCCGGUGGAUAAAUUACCUGAGGCCAGACAUCAAAAGAGGAAAUUUUAGCAGAGAAGAAGAGGACACCAUCAUAAACUUACACGAAAUGUUAGGAAACAGAUGGUCGGCAAUUGCAGCGAAAUUACCUGGUCGCACAGACAAUGAAAUAAAAAAUGUAUGGCACACCCACCUGAAAAAGAGGCUCAAACAUCAUGAAGAAGCCACCGCCGGCCCAAAAGCAGCCACCAAAAGAAGAUCGAAAUAUUACGAUCAGGAGGCCAAAAGCCAAGCAAACUCCGACAGCCUGGAACAUAGACGACCAGUCUCCCCACAAGAGUAUUCAAGCGACAUGUCGUCCUCGGUGACAAUAGGUGACGACAACAAUGACAACGACACGUGCCCGAAAGCCGAAUCGCCAGGAAACUUCCCGGAAGUGGACGAGGAUUUCUGGUCGGAAGUGUUGUCGACGGAAAGUCCAGGUGGUGUGGUGAGUGACUUUUCAGCAGUUGGUGGUGAUCCACAUGAUCUUCAAGUUCCAUUUUCUCCACUAUUGACUAUGGAGCCUGUCAAUGGCUACGGUUCAAACAUGCAUGAUAGCAUGGACUUUUGGUUCAACGUUUUCACAAGAGCUGGGGAAAUACCAGAAUUACCUGAUUUUUAACUAUAUAAUUAUAAAUAAUUAAAGCUUUUGGUUUGUAAUUUUUUUUUUCCUAUUUGUUUUAAUUUCCAUGUGGGAAAUUCACUUUGAAUUACCAUUGCGGUCCAAUUUGUUGAUCCAUAGGUGCAAAUAUUGUCCAAAUUGUCGGAAUAAUUUAUAGUGGAGACCAC